AUGGAUCUUUUGUCGUACGUGCGUUCUGCCGUCUCGAAAGACAAAAUCAGAUUCAGGGAUGGCCAGUACGAUCUGGAUCUUACGUACAUUAGGGACAAUGUCAUUGCGAUGGGAUUCCCUGCCAGUGGCGUGGAGUCUGCCUAUCGCAACGACAUCGGGCACGUCGCCGAAAUGCUCAACGCACGACAUUUCAUGCACUACAUGAUUUGGAACUUGAGCCAACGUCCCUACGACUACGGUCUCUUCCAUGACAUGAUCCAACCCCUGGGCUGGCCCGACCACCACGCUCCCGCCCUGUCCCUCCUCUUCAAGAUCGUCUCUGGCAUGGACUCGUGGCUCAAGGCCGACAAGAAGAACAUUGCCGUAGUCCACUGCAUGGCUGGCAAGGGACGAACAGGCACGGUGAUCUGUUCCUAUCUACUAUACUGCGGCGAGUUCGACGAUCCUCUCAAAGCCAUACGCUUCUUCGGCCGAAAACGCUCUGCGAUCGAGGCCGGCGUGGAGCAGCCCUCGCAGCAGCGGUAUGUGAGUUAUUUCAGUGACGUCCUCAACGGCUUCGUGCCGCGACCCCAGACGCGCAGGCUCAAGCGACUGGUGCUGCGACCGGUACCCUCAUUUUCACACCUGAGCGGGAUCCGGCCAGUCCUGCACAUCUUCAACACCACCCAAUAUCCGGAGACGUUGAUCUACACCAACGCCCCGGUGCCCGACAUCGACAUCAGGCACUACGCGCCCUACGAAGGCAAGGUGGACUUCCUGUUCCGAGUACCGAUCAAGCUGAAGGGCGAUAUUUUGAUCCGCUUGUACCACUUGUCGAGUCGGUUCGGCGGCUCCAUGACGGCCACCCAAUUCCAUACCGCGUUUGUCGACGGUGAGGUGUUGGUGUUCACGAAGGAGGAGCUCGACUUGGCUUACAAAGACAAGCGAUUCAACCACGCAUUCGAGAUGAAAUUAUAUUUUGAGCCGGACGUCGAAGACGAUGACGAAGUUGACGAGACCUGGACUCCCGAGGCGCACCAGAACUUCAUGGCCGUGGCCAAGAGGAAUCGGGAAAGAAAGAACGAAGAGGCCACGCGAAAUCCAUCGGGUGGGCUCGUGCACAAGAACAACAUGCAGUAUCGCGAGGAGCAGUUCCUGGAGAACGAAGCCAAGCUCGGGCGCGAGUGGCACACGAUCGGCGACGGCGACGAAGAGGAGGAGGAUGACGACGAGGAAGCGGCCGCCGCUGCCGAGAGCAGCGACGACGUCGGGGAAGCUCGUGAUAAUGGCUUCGACGGCGACGACGAUUUCUCAAUUCUUUCGGUGGUCGAGGGCAAGAAUCCGCGGGUGACGGAGCGAAAGCUCGACCUGGACCUCAGUUCGGCCAAGUCGAAGCGGAACAGCGAGCUGGUGAUCGGCACGCGGGACAGCCCGCGAUACAGGCCCGAUGCGGCGCAACAGGCGGAGGCCGCGGACGAAGAGGCCGCCGCCGCGGGGCAGCGAAGGCGGAGCCAGAGCGAGGAACGAACAACGACCACGUCGUCGUUAUCAUCGUCUUCAUCGUCGUUGUCGUCUUCAUCAUCGUCGACGUCCACCAACUCCACAACGAAACCGACGACGCCGAGAGAGACUGCGCUGACGGACCCGCUCCAGCGCCCAGGACUGCGGAAGAGCACGAGCGCGCUGGGCAACCACCGAUCGUCAAUCGCUCCGGCGGCGGCGGCGGCGGCACCGGCAACCACGGGCGACAACAGCCGAUUUGGUGGUGGCCGCAGCGGCAGCGACGACACCUCGUAUUCGGACAGCGGCGUGGAGGAGGCGCUUGAGGACCUGCUCAAGGUCACCGAGGAGCUGAAGAACAGCGUUUUGCUGCGGGAUGACGACGAUGACGACGAUGACAGCGGCGCUGAUGUCUCGUGGCGGGACAACAACAACAGCGGCAGCGACUCUGAGUCGGAGGCGGCCACCGGCGCUACGGGGGACCGACAGCGCGGCGGCGUGAUGAUUGCGAGCGCCCGCGGGCGACAACAGCCAACGUCGCCACCAGCGUCGCAAUCGCAGCAGAACGGCACCUUUGGCUCGCUCCAGGAGGACCUCUCCGACUUUGAGUUCCUCUACACGCAGGACGACCGCACACGGUACGGCUCGUCGUCGUCAUCGUCGGCCUCGACGACACCGUCCAAGUCGCAGCACCGAUUCCCCAAGCCCUCGUCCCUGAAGAAGUACUUUCUCGAGUGA